UAUGAUCUGUAUAAAAACAUGUUAAUUUUAACAAACACUUGACAUGUACAAAUAAGGUACAUCUAAUGCCCAUUGUAAAGCCCGUAAUUCUUCAGUUUGCAUAUUCUUAAACAUUCCCUACAAAUGUACCAUCUGCCUUGAUGCUCAAAAAAACCAAGAGAAGUAUGUCUAGUCUGUUGUAAAUUGACUUACAGUAGAAACGCUUAACUGAAGAGCUUAAUCAGAGGAAGUCGGUUAUUUUGUUUGUUCUUUUAAAAUACUUAUAAAACACACUAAGUGUGCAAAGGCAGAUACUGAAGAAUUUCCUGAUUUCUAAUGUCAACGGCGCCAGUGCUCCGAAUUACCGGGAUGAUUAUAGCACCGCCAGCCGCAGGGCCCUCGCCCCGGCCCGCCGCAAGCCCGCCUUCGAAAAUUUAAACUACUUAAAUCCCUGCCGGGGUGAGGAGAGACGAGUUUGACGGGUGGGGCGAUGUCGCCUGCCCCUGCAUUCGCAAGCCACCUCGUCCCCGCCGUGCUCCUUCCUCCGCAGAGCCCGAAAGCAGCGGGGGAAGGCAGCCGCGCCCCCCGAGGCAGGUGCCGCCCCACCCGCAGCCCAGCCCCGGCCUCAGCCCGCAGCUCCGCCCGCCGGCGCGGCGCGGCCCAGCCCGGCUGCUGCAGCCCCGCCGCUCUGCCUGACAGGGGCGAACAAAAGGCGCCGCGGCCGCGGCCGCCCCCACCCCGCCCCUUCCCUUUCCCCUCCCCGCGUCGGGGCGCGGCGCGGGCGGUUCCGCGCAGGCAGCGCCGGCAGGAGCAGCCGCCGGCCCGCCGCAACGAACCCGCAGCCCUCGGAGAGCCCGGCAGGUAUCGGCCCCGCCGGGAGGGGGGAUGCGGAGGGAGUCAGACAGAAUAAUGAAUUAAAGUGACUGACAUCAUGACAACCGUAAGACAGAGAAGGGUUGGAAAAGGCACGGAAGUGGCUGAAGAUCAGCCUUCAGAGGACAAGAAUGUGAAUCCUGAAGAGAAAAUUCUGCCUGAUCGUACAGGUGGAAAGCUGUGGAAAAUACUCUCAAUAACUGUUGGUGGAAUUGUUGCCAUCUCUCUUGGACUUCUUACUUCUGUGUAUGUUGCUACACUGCAUGAAAAUGACCUGUGGUUUUCCAAUAUUAAGGAAGUCGAAAGAGAAAUCUCAUUCAGAACAGAAUGUGGACUUUAUUAUUCCUACUACAAACAGAUGAUUCAGGCUGCUUCCAUCCAGCAAGGUUUACAUGGUUUAGUAUAUGACAAUAAAACUGAAUCUGUGAGGACAAUUAACAUACUUGAAAGAAUGAAUGUUUACCAGGAGGUGUUUCUCAGCAUUCUGUAUAGGAUUCUUCCAAUUCAGCAAUACCUAGAGCCCGUUUAUUUUUAUAUCUACACUUUGUUUGGACUUCAGGCAGUUUAUGUCAUUGCUCUGUAUGUAACAAGCUGGCUUCUUAGUGGAACAUGGCUUUCAGGGUUGUUGGCAGCUUGCUGGUAUAUUACAAACAGAAUAGACACCACAAGAGUAGAAUUCACCAUUCCUUUAAGAGAGAACUGGGCACUACCAUUCUUUGCUGUUCAGAUAGCAGCCAUCACAUACCUACUCAGAACUCAUUUACAGCCUGUUCAAGAAAGACUGACACUAAUGGCUGUAUUCAUAGCAACGUUUCUCUUUAGCCUGACUUGGCAAUUUAAUCAGUUUAUGAUGCUGAUACAAGCAUUGGCAUUAUUCAUACUGGACUGCUUUGACAUGCUUCCCACAGCAAAGGUUACGUGGCUCUAUAUCAUUCAGAUUUCUGGAUUACUGCUAGUCUGUGUCCUACAGUUCUUUAAUUCUAUGAUUCUUGGAUCAUUACUUAUAAGUUUUAAUGCUUCUGUCUUGAUAGCAAGAACAAUCCAGAAAAACCUAAAAAAGGGCAGCUUGCUUAAUAGGCUUGGAAAACUUAUCCUCCAUGUACUGUUAGUCUUGUGCUUGACUCUUCUAAUAAAUAAAUUCAUCAAGAAAAUUCUUAAUCUUGAGUCAGAUGAACAUAUAUUCAAAUUCCUGAAAGCAAAAUUUGGAUUUGGGGCAACAAGAGAUUUUGAUGCUAACCUGUAUCUUUGUGAAGAAGCUUUUGGUUUACUACCAUUAAAUACUUUUUCAAGACUCUCGGAUACAUUACUUUUUUACAUCUAUGUAUUUGUUCUCUUCCUUAUGACAGUAGCAGCUGUAAUUGUUGCCUUUCGGAACCUCAGUCGUUCAAAUCAAGUCCAGUUCAUGGAAAAAAUGGAAGAAUGCACAAUAGUACUGAAGCCUGAUGCUGCUUACAACUUAAUUCACACAGUUCUUUUUGGAUGUCUGGCAUUAAGCACAAUGAGAAUGAAGUACCUCUGGACAUCCCACAUGUGUGUAUUUGCAUCUUUUGGCCUGUGCAGUACGGAAGUAUGGAAACUUACCCUGAAGUGUAUUCAUCUCUACACAUCACAGAGGAUGCAUGUGAUUAAGUAUUCUAUACCAAUAAUUACAUUACUGUACAUUUCAUAUAAGUUCUGGCCAGGAAUAAUGGAAGAACUGUUAGAGCUGAGAGAAUUCUAUGACCCAGACACUGUGGAGCUGAUGUACUGGAUUAAGUCAAACACUCCAAACACAGCAGUGUUUGCUGGGAGCAUGCAGCUAUUAGCGGGAGUCAAACUGUGCACUGGACGGACCUUAACUAAUCAUCCCCAUUACGAGGAUAAGAAUCUGAGAGAGAGAACAAAACAGAUUUAUCAGAUCUACGCCAAGAGAUCUCCUGAAGACGUUUACAGAAUACUGCAAUCCUUUGGCACAGACUAUGUGAUCCUAGAAGACAGCAUUUGUUACGAAAGAAGACACAGCAGAGGCUGUCGGUUACGUGACCUACUUGAUGUAGCUAAUGGCCAUAUCAUGGAUGGUUUGGGAGAGAAUGAACCUGAUUUGAAACCUUCGUUGUAUCCUCGCUUCUGUGAGGAAAUUAAAAAAAACCUGCCUUCUUAUACCAUACACUUCACUAGAGUGUUUCAAAACAAAACAUUCCAUGUUUACAAACUUGCUAAGCAUAAAUAACUUUUUCAACCAUGGCUUCAAGUUCAGUAUUUUAAUGUUAGGACCCACGUUAGAAAAUACAGAAUUUUACAAACAUGUUACAUUUGUAAGACAUUUUACAUUGAUGGUUUCUUGUUUAAUUACUGUGACUUAUUUUUUUAGACAGUUUAGUUUUGGUAACAUUCUUGAUGUUGUCAAAAUUUUCAGAGAUUCAUAAAUGCUAGCAGGGACCAUUUUGAUUAUCAAGUCUGACCUUCUGAAUACCAAGGAUAUAACUGUUUUCCAGUUUUAACUGACUGGAAGACACACAAAACAAGCAGCCUGCAUGACCGCUGCUGCUAGCCUAUGAAGUUCUGCUCAGCAGUUUGGAUUUUUACUAUAAAAUGACAGACAUUCAAUGAAAGCAGGCCAUGCUGCACCUAUACUGAGUAAGCAUUAUCUUUGUGAAUCCUGAAAAUGGUCACAAAAAUUAAGUUUUGUCUUGCAAUCUGAUCCCCUUUGACAGAUCCUUGUGCUCUUUCAGUGCCUCUUUUUUGAAUUCUUUGGGAAUGUAUGCGAAAAUGAGUUUCCAAGCUUGUGAGUGUGACUGCAGAAUCUGUGAGUGCAGAAUCAGCAAAUAAGUUUGAAGAGUAAAACUUAAUCCAUUGUCCAGCAUUUUUUGUGAUACAGAAACACACUUUUUUAUAAUGUUAAGGAUUUAAUGAUGGAGUGUUAUGUAUUUCUAAUGAGAAUAAAGGUUGGAGCAUGCUUGAUACAUGUUGCAUGUUUGUAUCCUCAUAAAAUGCUCAGAACAAACAAAAAAACAAACUUCUCAUAUUGGAUUCUCACAGUACUAUUUUCUGUAUUUGCUUUCUGAACUACAGGGGAUCGUUUACUCCCCCGUGUGAAUUCCAGUAGGAUACCAAAAUUGAACACUCCCAACCUUCCAAAAGAAAUAUUCAUCUCUAAAAUCAUCACGAAAAUUAGGUAUUUACAGUAUGUUCAGGUAUUAGAGCUUUGCUUUACAUUAUUUCAGAUACAAAGGUAUGUAUUUCAGCAGAAAAUCAUUAUGUCCCUGCUCUUUAUCCUAAAAAGGAAACUACAGGUAUUUUAAAUUGACUUGGAAGAUUAAGUGAAGACAGGCCUCAAUCCUGAGAAUUUUGUGAUUUGUUUGUACCUUUUGUCUUUUUACCAGCUAGAACUUUGUGUAUUGACUUUCUAAAUGCUAUGUAGAUAACACGUGACUUUUGCUGUGUUUUAGUGCUGCUUUGGUUUUAUAUUGAAAUUAGAGAUUAAAUCUGAUUGAAAGUCUAACAGUACUCUCCAACUUUAAUUAGACAUCUACUAGGAUCAUUUGUUUCAUAUGAAAAACAGAAUUGUAAUAAUCAAGUGCCUGUAGGCCAAUGUUGAAUUAACAUUUAAACACCUAUAAGAGUGUUUGUGGCCUGUGCAAAUAACUCAGUUAUAAUAAUUACCACUGCAAUUAAUUUCUAAUGAUGGGAAACUUAAAGUGCGACUGAGAGCAAAUGCCACAUGUAAUUUAAUCAGGAUGUGUAAUGAGAUUAGCUUUCACGACUGAGCUGUAUUCCAAUUCCAAACAAUUUAAGUAUUUUCCCUUUUCAGUUGUACUAAGCUAAAUUACUGAAGAGAUGGAGAUGGUUAUUUCAGAUGCUCAAACAAUUUUAUAUUCAGUAUAUACUCAUUAAACAAUGUUCAACAUCUUUCUGCACUUCCAUGCUAACACAAAAGGAAAGUGUGCUUUAAUCAGACUGUAUUUAAAUCAAACAUUGACAGUAGCUGGGUUGUUAAACUGAGCAACUGAAACUCCUGAGUAAUUUCUAGCCUGUAUCCCUUAAUGAGGUUGGAGACCACUGCAGUUUAACAUAAUACAAUAAUAAAAUAUUUUAAUCAGUAUUAAAACUUUAAUUAGGCCUGUAAUAAUGCAUGCCUGUUCUUGCUGAAAGCAUGGGUCAGUGAAUUCCUCAAUGAGUGCCUUACAGUAACUGAAAACAAGCACACGUAAGGUAAAAUAUGUCUAGGCUGUAGCGUCUUACUUUAAAAUGUGGUUGUAUCUUUCUUUGAAGGUGCAGUAGCUUUCCUCUGAUUGAAAUGAGAAAUUCCCAGAUCCAGUGGUAUCCCCUGUCAUUUUCAGAAUUUACUUGUAGGUAACAGCUGAGACUAAGAAGUCCUGACUGUAACAGUAAUUAGUUUUAAAUAGACUUUUUUCAAAAAUAGUCUCUAAUGUUGCCAAAGGAGAGAUUUGACCUUUUUGUAGGAACUACCCAGUGCAAAAGUUUUUGUUUUGUUUCUGGGGUUUUUUUUAAAACAAAAUAGACCCCAAGCUACCUUGGUCUUGGGAAAGCAUAAAAACCAGUGGCUGUUAUGAUCCAGAACCACAGCAGCAACAGUUUCUUCUUGCAACACAAACACUCCCCAAAGUAACACACCAGAAAUUUGUAGUUUUAGAUACAAAGUAUUUUGGAGAUUGCUUAACUCCUGCAGUUCAGAGUCUUUAAAGCCUAGACAGGUUGUGACACUGCUGAACAAUCCCAGCAGUUCCUGUAUCAGGAAGAUUUAUCACUAAAGGGAAGGGUGUCUUUCAGUGACUAUGUAUGUAGUACGGUGUUGAGAACACCAAUCUCUUUAUAAUGGUACAACAGAAAAUGCCAAGGAACAAAACCACUUACCAGCUCAGAGGGAAGCAACGCAGGUGUCAGCACAGCACUGCGGGGAGCAGCUGCUCCUCUGCCCCUCGUCUGGGGCGCGGCCUGGGGCGGGUGGCGAGAAGGGCUACGUGUCCUCUUCUACAGGCGGGGGGUCAGUCCGAGACGUCUAGGAAGUAGGUGGUGGUUUAGCUGUCUGGUAAUUAUUUUCUCUCUCUGUGUCUUGCUGUGGUUUAUAUUCACUGCAUUAAAAAUGUGCAGGUUUUUUAAUAAUACUCUUACCUGUUCCUGAACUACAUCAUCCUGCUGCACCUUAUUUCCAAGCAGUCGCUGUGGCACCACCGUGUCACUGCACUGAGUACGGCGCAGCCCUCGUGGCAGUGCCUCUACUGAAGUCUUACAAAUAACCAGCACUGGGAACGGCACCAUCAGGACUUCCUCUCUGCCUUGCCUGCUGUCCACAAGGACUUUGAAGCUGCGCAUUAUCAGUGGAACUGUGGUAUGAAUUAUUAGAUCGCAGAUACAAAAUGUUACCGAGUAGCCAGAAUGUUUUAGGGGAGAAGAGCCUUUGAGAUCCAUAAGUAUAUUUUCAUUAUUUGUUUCAAUGUCUGCCAGUGGGAUCUAACAUAGUUAUUUUAUAAUAUGUUGUUGUAAAGAGAUGUAAUGACUAUUGUAUACUAAAUAAAUUGUGUAAUUUGAAGAUCA